AUGGCUGAUAACUCGAGGCCACCAUUGAAGCACCUGUCUUCUUCUUUCAAGUCUGGUGAUGACAGCGAUCCCAAUCUCAAUAUCAACGAUCAGCCCAUCCUCGCUCCUACUGUCAGCUUUCAAUACACCAACGAUCAAGACCCUGAAGCUGCCUAUAAAAUACACACCGAUUCAGCCUUCAAAAGGAAACGCUCCCUCGUCAAGCCUGAACGCGAACGCCCUGAUCCCAACCACAGACUGUUUCACUAUCGUAACAGAGCCGCACAUCUAGAUCAGUCUGGUCACGGUGGCGUUAAAGCUUCUUCCACCGGCGCUUACCCCCAGCAAUCCUCCUCUCCAGGCGUACGCCGAGGCAAAUCCGUUCUAGGCAGACAAGACCCCGGUCCUGGUCUCUUGCGGAGGCAGACUAAAAAGUACAACUCUAUUAUUGCUCCCGUCGAAGCUGAGAAUGCCCCGACUGGAAAAGAACCCACGUCAACCUCCACCUUCGGCUACGCUUCUAUACCUGGCCCAAAAGGUCCGUGGAUGCUUUAUUGCUUCAUUAUCACAUGCUUCAUUCCCAAUUUCCUUCUCAAAUUAUGCGGUAUCAACACUCCAGAGCGUCAAAGGGCUUGGCGUGAAAAAAUUGGCUUGUUGGGUGUUAUUGGUUGUUUGAUGGCUUUAGUUGGUUUUAUUACUUUCGGGUUCACUCAGACUGUUUGUGGUGUACCUCCUCAUCGUUAUCAAGUUGGUCACAUCGAUAAUGGUAACCUCGUUGUGAACGGUAUAUCGUACAGUCUCAAUACCUGGAAGCAUCCUCAAGUUAAUGGCUGGUUUGAUAGUGAUGAGAAUUCAAACGUUCUCUUUAAUGGUCCCAUGCCUGCUUCUGGAAUGGACGCCUCCUUUCUCUUUCAAAGAGUGAAUGAAAACUGCAAAGAUAUCAUUACUCCAGCAGAUAAUACUGGCAUUGAUCACUCCGGUAAUGAUAUGUCAUGGUAUUUCCCUUGUCAACUUUUCAGCCCUAAUGGGACAACCACCCCCAAUCUUUCCAACUAUACCGAUGAUACUCUUUGUCAUACUUCUUCCACGGCUAGAGACGCUUUCGACUCCCUUGGUUCAAAUGAAGAUGUUACCACUGGUCAAAUUUACUUUACUUGGGAUGAUUUACGCGAUCCAAACAGAAAUUUAAUCGUUUAUGAGCAAGAUGUUUUAGAUUUAAGUUUGUUAAAUUGGUUGGACAGUGCUCAAGUCAAUUGGCCUUCGGAGUUUGAUGAGUUAAAAUCUCCCACACCGGAAGACAAGUUUAAAGGCAAAGAUAUAACGAUGACAAUGCAAAGAACUGGCAGAGAUGAUAUCGGUAAAUGUCUGCGUGACAUUGUUAGAGUUGGUUUCAUCGAUACUGACACUGUUGGAUGUGUUGCUUCUAACGUGGUGUUAUACUUAUCUCUGAUAUUUAUUAUCGGGGUUGUUUCCAUCAAAUGGGCUAUGGCGGUCUUCUUUGGUUGGUUCUUAUCCUGGAGACUCGGUGUAGGAUUCAAAGAAACAAGAGAAGAAAGACACGCGCGAAUGAAUGCCAUUGAGAACUGGUCAGAUGAUAUUUACAAACCAGCUCCAAAUAAAUACAGGCCUUCAGCACCUCCUAACAACUCCAAAUCCAAUCCUUUUAGUAAAACUACAGCAAAGUUAUUACCAAAGUCUAGCAGAUUCACUCCUGCGCAAGAGAAACCAACAUUCGUACCUGAGUUGAACAAACGCGCGAAUAACUUUACUACAUCAAAUUCAAAAAGUUUUCUUGGCUCUUCAAUCUAUAGCCCUCCAGACUCUCCAAACAUACGAGGCACACAAAGCUCAAGUAGUUUGCCAUUCGCUAGCUCAAAAGAGUUUGUUGACUGGAACAGAUCUUCGUCAUUAGCUUCUGGCAGUUCAGGUGGAUGUCCUUAUCCUUUGGUUCAGAAUGUUGUCCCACAACCACCAUCAGACUAUGAACCUCACAACUUCCCGUUAGCUCAUACUAUAUGUCUAGUCACCGCUUAUUCUGAAAGUGUUGAAGGUUUGAGAACUACUUUGGAUUCCUUAGCUACGACAGAUUAUCCUAACAGUCACAAGCUUCUGUUGAUUAUUGCAGAUGGUAUUGUCAAAGGAUCUGGAAACGACAUGUCGACACCAGACAUAUGUCUUAGUAUGAUGAAAGAUUUGGUUUUACCCAAGGAUCAAGUUGAAGCCAACUCUUUUGUUUCAAUAGCUGAUGGACAUAAAAGACACAACAUGGCUAAAGUUUUUGCAGGAUUUUACGAUUAUGAUGAGUCAACAGUCGAGCAAAACAAACAACAACGUGUACCGAUUAUUCUCGUCGCAAAAACUGGUAAUCCACUUGAAGCUAAGGAGGCUAAACCUGGUAAUCGUGGUAAACGUGAUUCACAAGUAUUGCUCAUGUCUUUCCUUCAAAAAGUCAUGUUCGACGAACGCAUGACGACAUUUGAUUUCGAUUUCUUUAACACUAUUUGGAGACUUACAGGUGUUUGUCCCGACAGAUAUGAAACUUGCUUGAUGGUUGAUGCUGAUACGAAAGUUUUCCCUGAUUCACUCACAAGAAUGAUGGCAUGUAUGGUAGUCGAUCCCGAAAUCAUGGGUUUAUGUGGUGAAACUAAGAUUGCAAACAAAGCACAAAGCUGGGUUACUAUGAUACAAGUAUUUGAGUAUCACAUUUCUCAUCACUUGGCAAAGGCUUUCGAAUCAGUUUUCGGUGGUGUUACUUGUUUACCUGGUUGCUUUUCUAUGUACAGGAUUAAGGCUCCAAAGGGUGGUCAAGGCUAUUGGGUACCAGUUAUCUGUAACCCGGAUAUUGUUGAGCACUACUCUGAAAACAUCGUCGAUACACUUCACAAGAAAAAUUUACUGCUCCUCGGUGAAGAUAGAUUCUUGACAACGUUAAUGCUUAGAACUUUACCAAAGCGCAAGAUGAUGUUCUGUCCACAAGCAGUUUGUAAAACUGUUGUACCGGAUGAGUUCAAGGUCUUAUUAUCACAAAGAAGGAGAUGGAUUAACUCAACCGUUCAUAAUCUGUUUGAGCUCAUAUUGGUUAGGGAUUUAUGCGGAACGUUUUGUUUCUCCAUGCAAUUCGUCGUCUUUAUGGAAAUGGUCGGUACGAUGGUUUUACCAGCUGCUAUUACGUUCACCGUUUACAUCAUUGUCCUCGGAAUUAUUCCAUCUGAACGUACCCCAACGAUCUCACUUAUUUUGCUCUUGAUCAUUCUCGGUUUACCAGGUCUUCUUAUUGUUCUGACAUCGCGAAGACUAGCCUACGUUGGAUGGAUGAUAAUCUAUCUUUUCUCGUUGCCAAUAUGGAACGCUAUCUUACCAGCUUACUCGUUCUGGCAUUUUGAUGACUUUUCGUGGGGUGCAACUAGACAAAUUGAGGGUGAAGGUGCCGAAGAGUCGCACGGAGAUAAAGAAGGAGAAUUUGAUCCAUCACAUAUCAUUAUGAAACGUUGGGCAGAAUUCGAACGUGACAGAAGAUAUAGAACUGGUACAAACUCGAGAGAUUCUACAGAUGAUGUCAGUAGAUCUGCAAGGAGGCAUGAUUAUAGAAGAUCGGUGAACAGUAAUCACGAUGGUGGUGGGUUGACGUUGGAUGCUUUGAGAAAUCCGCCAUCUUCAGCAUCAAGAGGUAGUUUGACUGGACCUCCUCUAAUUGAAUUACCUCAACCACUUUCGACACAUUUGAAUGAAGCAUCUGGUUCUACACCGCCACCCGUAUCAAGAAUUCCAGAAAAUUUAGCAAAUUUUGACGAAUCAAGUGGAGCAAACAGUGUAGAACAGAAGCCAAUGUUAUCUUUGAGUCAUAUUGAUUCACCUUUACACGAUCAAGAUAGUCAUCAAAGACUAGCUUCAAUACCUCAAAGCGAGUUCUAUCAACCACAAGCACAGUCAAAUGAAAAGGAAUCAUUCUUAGAGGAUAACAGCCAUCUCAACAGACCAGCACUCGGGAUUACUCUAAUGGAUCAAGGGCCUAUUGGCGAAUCACCCCGAAGAGUAGUCAAACCAGCUCACAAAAGGAGACAGCCAAGCUCGUCAUUGGCGCUUGAACAAUUGAAUCAAUAUAGUCAACAAAGACGAGAUGAAAGGGUGGGUAGCUCGGAGGAUAUUGAUUUAGACGAAUCAACUCGUGCAUCACAAUCUUAA